CCCUGCACGCCACGCAUGCGCAACAGCCGCUCAAGGCCGCCAUUUUGUGCGGAGCCUACUCUGCAAAAGCGGGAGAGGAUUAAAACCGCCAGAGGAGAAGGACGCAAUUUUACUCCGUCUCGUACUGAAGGAAGAACAAACCCUGGGCUUUCUGUCGAAUUCAACGCGAGAGCAAAUCACGAAACGCAGGUAUUACCCAUGGAAGGGGGACCGACUGAGGCAUUGGUGGAAGAGGCGGGGGAUGCUUUUAAGGCCAAGGAAUGUAAGACGUACCAAAGGCGGCGAGAGGAUGAAGAGGUUGGAGCUGAACUACUGCAGGCUGCUGGGUUAGAGCAAGCCCAUGCUGAAGUAGAAUCUGUAGUGGAGACCCAGCAGCAAAUGGUAGAGGGAGUAGUUAAUGUCAGCAACAGUGUUGAGAUGAUGGUGAUGGAUACCCUGGACCCUGCCCUGCUCCAGAUGAAGACCGAAGUCAUGGAGGCUGCUGUCGGAGCACCUGUUGUGGCUGGUGCAGCCCAUGAAGCCACAGUCACCACUGUUGAUGAUACUCAGAUCAUCACCCUGCAGGUGGUGAACAUGGAGGAGCAGCAGUUGGGCUUGGGAGAGCUCCAGCUUGUGCAAGUGCCCGUCACUGCAGCCACUGUAGAAGAGCUGCAGGGGACACUGGUGGAUGCCACCUCAAUGCCUAAAGAUGGAGAGCCAGUCAUCUGUCACACCCUGCCAUUACCUGAGGGUUUUCAGGUUGUCAAGGUGGGUGCAAAUGGAGAGGUGGAGACAGUGGAGCAAGAUGAGCUCCAGGCUCAAGAGGAGCAGCCUCAACCACAGGAGGAGGAGAUGGCUGAAGUCCAAAAUGAUGACCCCACCUGGCCUAAAGAUCCAGACUACACACCCCCUGUUAAAAAGACCAAGAAAACAAAGAAAAGCAAGCUGCGCUACAACACAGAGGGAGACAAAGACAUGGAUGUUUCAGUGUAUGAUUUCGAGGAGGAGCAACAGGAGGGACUGCUCUCUGAGGUCAAUGCUGAGAAAGUUGUGGGCAACAUGAAGCCGCCCAAACCAACCAAAAUCAAGAAGAAAGGUGUAAAGAAGACAUUCCAGUGCGAGCUGUGCAGUUAUACCUGUCCACGACGUUCCAACCUCGACCGCCAUAUGAAGAGCCACACGGAUGAGAGGCCUCACAAGUGCCAUCUGUGUGGACGAGCCUUCAGGACUGUCACCUUGCUGAGGAACCACCUCAACACCCACACAGGCACCAGACCCCACAAAUGCACUGACUGUGACAUGGCCUUUGUCACCAGUGGAGAGCUGGUGCGACACAGACGCUACAAGCACACCCAUGAGAAACCGUUCAAGUGCUCCAUGUGUGACUAUGCCAGUGUGGAGGUCAGUAAGCUGAAGCGCCACAUUCGUUCCCACACUGGAGAGCGUCCGUUCCAGUGCAGUUUGUGCAGCUAUGCCAGCAGAGACACCUAUAAGCUGAAGAGACAUAUGAGGACCCACUCAGGAGAGAAGCCCUAUGAGUGCUACAUCUGUCAUGCACGGUUCACUCAGAGUGGCACCAUGAAAAUGCACAUUCUGCAGAAGCACACCGAGAAUGUGGCGAAGUUUCACUGCCCCCACUGUGACACUGUUAUCGCCCGCAAGAGUGAUCUCGGUGUGCAUCUCCGUAAGCAGCAUUCCUACAUUGAGCAGGGCAGGAAGUGCCGUUACUGUGAUGCGGUGUUCCAUGAGCGCUAUGCUCUCAUCCAGCAUCAGAAGUCCCACAAAAACGAGAAACGUUUCAAGUGUGACCAGUGUGACUAUGCUUGCCGUCAGGAGCGUCACAUGGUCAUGCACAAGCGUACUCAUACUGGAGAGAAGCCAUAUGCAUGCAGCCAAUGUGAGAAAACUUUCAGGCAGAAACAGCUCCUGGACAUGCACUUCCGGCGUUACCACGACCCCAACUUUGUACCCACCUCCUUUGUAUGCACCAAAUGUGGCAAGACCUUCACUCGCAGGAAUACCAUGGCCAGGCAUGCUGAGAACUGCACUGGUGAAGAUUCUGGUGAUGGAGAGAAUGGAACUCCAUCCAAGAGAACCCGUGGGGGCAGAAAGAGGAAGAUGCGCUCUAGAAAGGAUGAUGAUGAAGAUGACAGUGAUGAGCAUGGAGAGCCUGAUUUGGAUGACAUUGACGAAGAAGAUGAGGAGGAGGAGGAGGAGCAUCUUGAAGAACAACAUAUCAUGGUAGAACAGGCUCCACCCAGCAUUCCCAUCCCUGCUCCUGUUGAGCCUCCUGUAAAGAGGAAACGGGGCAGACCCCCCAAGAACACACCCAAGGCCUCGCCUACCAAGUCUGCUGCCAAAACCCCUGCAGAAACUGCUGCAAUUAUUCAGGUGGAGGAUGAAAGCACAGGGGCCAUUGAGAACAUCAUAGUGAAGAAGGAGCCAGAGGGCGCUGAAGCAGCUGCAGCCCCACCAGUGGUGGAGGAGAUGGAGACAAUUGAGGCUGAAAUAGAAACCGUGCAGAUAGCCGUCCCUGACACUGCACCUAAUGGCGAUCUUACUCCUGAAAUGAUCCUUAGCAUGAUGGACCGGUGAUCUGGGGAUGUAUGUAGACACAUCUUGCAUAAAUGCAUCCCUAUCCGUGUCCCUUGAUUUU